UGGGUGUGUUCUUAACGGUCAUGUGACAGGGACUUCAGUUCCCGUUCUCCUUGCGCGACCUUCUCGCGAGUAUUCGUUCCUGUCGCCCGGGUUCUUUGCGUCGUCGCUAAGAGCAGCAGGAAGGAGACGUGCGCGCGGAGAUCUUCGUCGAGGCCUGACGAGACCGAGGGCGGCCCUCUGCGCGCGAGGCCAAGAUGUCAGAAGACCUUGCAAAACAGCUAGCUAGCUAUAAAGCUCAACUCCAACAAGUUGAAGCUGCUUUGACUGGAAAUGGAGAUAAUGAAGAUUUACUAAAACUAAAGAAAGACUUACAGGAAGUUAUAGAAUUAACCAAAGAUCUUCUUUCAACACAACCUUCAGAAACUCUUACAAGUUCUGAUAGUUCUGCUUCUACUCUGCCCGUUCAUACUUGGAAGGUUGGAGACAGAUGUAUGGCAAUAUGGAGUGAAGAUGGACAGUGUUAUGAAGCUGAAAUUGAGGAGAUAGAUGAAGAAAAUGGUACAGCUGCAGUCACCUUUUCGGGAUAUGGCAAUGCUGAAGUCACACCGUUGCUGAACUUGAAACCUGUGGAAGAAGGAAGGAAAGCAAAAGAAGACAGUGGGAACAAACCUAUGUCCAAGAAAGAAAUGAUUGCUCAACAGCGAGAAUAUAAAAAGAAGAAAGCGUUGAAAAAGGCCCAGCGAAUCAAAGAGCUGGAGCAGGAGCGAGAGGAUCAGAAAGUCAAAUGGCAGCAGUUCAACAACAGAGCAUAUUCAAAAAACAAAAAAGGCCAGGUAAAACGGAGUAUCUUUGCUUCUCCUGAGAGUGUAACAGGGAAGGUUGGAGUUGGAACAUGUGGAAUUGCAGACAAACCCAUGACACAGUACCAAGAUACAUCCAAGUACAAUGUCAGACAUUUAAUGCCCCAGUAAUGGAGGGGGAAAUGGCUAAGCAUCACUUCUGCAGGGCUUUACAUUUACCUUUUUAUUGUUAUAUUUUUCUAAAAGUAAAGUAUUGGUGCAUAGUGGAAAUGGUUGUUUCCAUCACUUGGCUUAUGCAAGUACAAGCCUUAAGUAAAAGAGUAGCUGUUGAGAUGACCCCCUUCCUGUUACUGAACUUACUUAGCAUAAAUAAUACUUAAGUCAAAUGUUUGUUUAGGAAAUUCCCUUUGCAGAUCUCUAGAAUGUUUUCAGUUAGGCAUUUAGUGAGGGUACUGUCAGAACCAACCACCGUAUAAUAAAGUAGUUGUCCCAGCUUUCAUGCUCCUGCCGAUGUGCUUUCAGUCUCUUGUCUUGGUGCAGGGAGAAAUAUGGGGUGCUGUUUAUCUCUGUGGAGUUGUUCCAGUUGUAGCAGAUUUACCUGGAUUUCAUCCUAGUUUGAAUGUAAGAUCAAAUGUUAAUUGAGCACAGACUGCAUCCGCUUCCACGGUUUGCACAAUUGCAAUGAUGUGGGCCACGGGCUCUCCUGUUAGUGAUGCUGUGUGAAAUCUAGAUUUACAAGAAAUAUGCAGGGCAGGAAAAGUUAGAGCAGUCUUUCUUCUUUAUGAACAGAACAUUUUAAAUAAGAAAAUCUGUAGAGUCUAGCCAUGGGCUGAGUUAGAUUUCUCUAGUCACUUUUCAAAGUAGAUUGACAGUUUUAAAAUAUCAAGUAUUGGGAGAAUUGGAAGUAUUUAUUUCCACAGGAGAACUGGUAUGUUCUUUGCUGCAUUUGUGGUAUUAAUAAUGUCCAGCAAGUUUGUUACUGUUCUGCUGAAUCAAACUUUUGAUUUAUCCAGCUUAAUUAAAUGCAGCAGGAAGUUUCUCAUAAUGUCCGACUUUAGCUACAUUAGCAUUGCUGGGCUACUUUGAUUUUAUUUAGGAAACCAUUUGUAAAAUUUCUGGCUGUUUUGUAUCUUGCAGAUGCAGUUGCUUCCCUCUGCCAUAUGUUCUGCUUAUGGUAGUAGCGUCAUCUCUCAAUCUUGAAAUGUGUUUGAAGCAAAAAGUUAAUGUAUAGCCCUGUAUACAGUGUAGAUAAUUAUUUUUGUAAAAUAAGGGGUUAAGUUAAUGAACAAGAUUGAAUUUAGUUAUUUCUCUUACUAAAUAAUUCAAUGGUGUUGCUCAUUAAUAUGAACUCCGUUCCCCAUGUAUAUUAUGUUGUUGUAGUUCCCUUUUGUAAUUUGUUUUCUGAACUAAAAUGAGAUCAGGUAACAUCAGCAUCUGUUGAUAGACUGAUUAGUGAAAAUGUCUGCCAGCUUGCCUGAGUCUAAAAUCCAUACCUAGUAGGUUAGAAUCCAUCCAUUGAGCGGUUCUUCCUGUUAACAGAAGGGGGAGGUGAUUUUUAUGACUGUGUUGAUUUCAGUUUUGUAUGUUUAACUUUUAUUAAAAUAAAGUGUUCAAAAUCUU